AUGUCGAGGAGCUUUUCCCCUCGAGGACUCUGUCGUCUGUGCAGCAGAGGUAUCGCAUCUUCCAAAAACAACAGGAGGAGGGGAGGAAGGAGGCGGGGGACAGGCAGAGAAAACGUAAGCGGCGUUCUUGAUGUAUCUAUCCUUAAAUAUAGCCCUCGAGAUAUCCAGCGCAUUCGACUUGAGCGUGAACGAUCCGCAACGGAAAUGUCGCGACGCAAAACCCGCGCCGGCCGCUGA